AUGAAUGGUUAUGCGCUGUCAAGGGCUUCGCUCUCCCACGAGGAGAAGCUGUCUCUCAUCGACGAUAGAUCUCUCUCGGAUGUAGAUAGUGAGAGUGCUCGCGCGGAUCUCGACGGUCGUUUCUCGGGCAUACAAUGGGCUGCCACAGCAAAGUCUUAUUGUAACGGCCUACGUCUAUCGUCAUGGAGCUCUUUAAUGCUCCGGAUAGGCAUGUUUCUACUACCCAGUUUCGUUCACCACCGGUUUGUCCGUGAGCGGUUUCGGCCAGAGAAGCUUCACCCAACGGCAUAUCUUGACGGAAUGCGAGGUCUAGCGGCGUUGUUUGUAUUUUUUUGCCAUUAUUUUUACACGGCUUUCAGGGUAGCAGAGGGCUGGGGUUCCAACGAUGCCAACUACGAGAUAUGGCGGCUACCUUUUGUCCGGCUACUCUACAGCGGGCCGUCUAUGGUCUGCAUAUUCUUCGUCAUUUCAGGAUACGCUCUCUCGCUAAAACCACUAAAACAACUUCGAAGUCGUUCUUUCGAUGGUUUCUCGCAAACCAUGACCUCGUUCGUCUUCCGUCGCUUCUUUCGCUUAUACCUCCCGCCGAUGAUCUCGACCUUCAGUGUGUUAGUCCUACUUCGAUUUGGCUUUUACGAAGUUACUAGGGCCUUUUCCGGCGACCGGCAAUAUAUACACAAUGUUAUAGAGCAUCAUCCCGUUUUGGAGGAGACCACUCGGAAGCAGUUGCGUCAUUGGAUGAUAGAGAUGUACAAUUUCGUACACAUUUGGGGCUGGGAGAAGUUUGGCGGUGCGACUGGAUAUGAUGUCCACCUCUGGACUAUUCCCGUGGAGUUCCGGUGUUCAAUGAUGCUCUUCCUAAUAAUAUUCGGCACAGCUAGACUACGGACCGGCGUACGGUUCCUCUGUCUUACCAUCCUCAUGUGGUUUGUGCUCCGUAGCGAUCGAUGGGAAAUGGUUCUAUUCCUUUCGGGGACGAUGAUUGCGGAAUUAGAUCUCAUCCGCGGCGCCCAUGAGCCGAACAAUCAACCGCCUGCUCCCCCCUUGACAUUACUCCCACUUGAAAAGACACCAGACACCGUCCCCGAAAAAAGGGGCCCGUGUAACCACCUAUGGACUUUAUUGUCUAUCCCAGCUCUCUAUCUGAUGUCGGAGCCAGACGCCGGACCCGCCGGCGUUCCCGGGUGGGAAUAUCUCGGGGCGCAUAUCCCCGAGUGGUUUUCGGAUAAGUACCGAUACUACCAGAUGAUCGGGUCGAUCAUAUUCGUGUUCUGCACGGCGCGAUCGACCUCCUGGCAACGGUUCUUCAACUCGCCCGCGGUGCAAUACUUCGGGCGCAUCAGCUACGCGCUCUACCUUAUGCACGGGCCCGUCACGCAUACGAUCGGCUUCGUGGUGCAGAAGCGCGUCUGGGAUUACACGACGACGGAGGGCUCCAUGUAUCGCUGGGGCUGCGUGCUCGCGGCCGUGGUCAACAUCCCGCUCGUCAUAUGGGCUGCGGACGUCUUCUGGCGCGCCGUGGAUGCGCCGACGGUUAGGUUCACGAAGUGGCUCGAGACGAAGCUGUCUAUCGAGUAA